CAUUCACAGAGUGAGCGUUUGGUGUUUUGCAGCUUUUGCUUUUUCACUGAGAUCCUUACUACUCAAAUUCACAUCAGGAUGGGGAACAUGCACUGCCCUCCUGCAGAUGCAUCCCUAGUGGCUUCCUUUGCUCGUGACAUCUGCCCAUUUCCAAGCCACAACCACAGUCCUCAUUUCAGCCAAAUGCUCUCCAUCAACUCUUCAUUUCACCUGAAGAACCACUACACUGCAGUGCAGACCUCCCUGACCCCCAAGCAACUGGAGGACUUCACCCAGGGCCUGAGAACUACAUUUGGCAGGGAAGGCAAGGUCAGUCUCGGUGGUGUUGGGGUAGUGGCUUUAUCCCUGGCUGUGCUGUUUGACACUCUUGCCAAGCAGGUGAGGGGAGAGCCGGUGGCAGAGUCGGGGCCCAUUUCAGGUUUGUUUAUCAAGGACCCGAACGGAUACUACCCACCACAAGUUUACACCAUCAGCAAAUACUUGAGACGAGUACCCCACAUCGCUAACAACCCCACCCUGAUGAGGAAGGGGACAGAAAGGUGCUUAAUUCAGUUGAUAGCUGAAGACCGAGCUUUGGAAAAACUGGAUGUAAACCACACAUUACCAAUAGAGGAAGACGUCACUUCACUGAAUCUGCACUUGGCACAUAUUUUUGAGGUCAGCUUGAAGUUUCAGCUCUUACGUAUCGACAAUGACACAUAUAAAGAGUUGAGAGCUCACGUUUUUGAUGGUGGACCCCCUUCCAGGGACCCGAUCUUUAAUCUCAACUGUGACCCAGAGGUGGCAGACAAAGUCUUUCUGGCUGCAAUUGAAAAAUCUGACAACCGCACCCAAGAAGCUUUUGAGAAAUGCAAGCCAAAGAAUGGACUUGUAUCAACAACAUGGCUUCAGCAUGCUGCCAAGAUGGAAUGGGAAGAUACAAAGUUCAUCAGCUUGCUUAUAUGGUCAAAAACUAACGAAGAUGAAAUAUGUGCUCAAAAAGAAGAUUUUGACUUAAAGGCAAAUGCUUUGGGAAAAUGGGAAGAGCAGUUUACUCACCAGGAAGACACUUAUUGGUACACACAUAUGUUCAAGAACAAUUCCAUAUAAUGCCAAGAAUAGUCCUCUAAAGACAAAUGAAUGAACAAAUAAAUAAAUAAAAAUCACGCACUACCAUGCGAGCAUUUUUAACAAAUAAAUUAGAAUGAGAUCUGAAAUCAGGCUCACAGUUUUGAUAUUAGCUGAUGUAGUUUUUUUUUCUUCUUACAUGCUUUUUCUGCUUAUUUGUCUGAGCCCUGGAGACCAAUAACAAUAACAGGGGUUACUCUGCUUCAUUUCCUGAAUUUAUACAACAUUUUAGUUCCAGCUACCACUGUUACUGCUAUGUGGGUGUCAUCUGGACUGUCAUUAUAAUGUGGUCUGUAUGUGACUUGUGUGAAUAUUGUCACAGCUUAACAGUAAUGUGGAGCGUUCAAUACAUUUCACAGUUAGGACCUCAGAUUUUUUUGGACAGUGACAUAUGUUUUGUAGCUUUGCUUGUAUACCACCACAAUGGGUUUAAAUCAGUCGUGUGACUGAAAUACAGAGUUUCAGCUUUAAUUUGUUUUGUUUUCCAUCUUUUUCAUUUUUCCUGAAUUAAAGCUGAAAGUCUGCACUGCAAACACAUCAUGAUUGUUUGAUGCGGUGGUGUUCAGAGGCAAAACUACAAAACGUGUCUUCGUCCACAAACCUAUGGUUCCAGCUGAACGUACAAUUGCUGUAAUGUUGUCUGCCCAUGCGUUUAGUGUCUGGAUAAUUUUUUAAUAACUUCCUAAAAACAGCCGGGAUAAAUGAUCAAUUAUUGAAUUGUUUCACUGAUGAUCAGAAGACUAGCUGUGAAGACCAGACAAGAUGUUUGCCUUUGAAUUGCAGUUGAAUAAAAAGAUGAAGCAAGA